AUGACUAGUGAUCUAAUAACAGAAAUUCAAGAAUAUCAAAAUAGUAACGAACUAUGUUGGUUAAUUUCAAAUGUAAUACUUCCGGAAUUUCCCCAAAUUAUCGAGGCACUUCAAAUCUCAUCGAAUUUAAUAUUCUAUAAUUCUCCCCAGGUUCCAGAUCCAGCGAACAGAAUCGAGCGAGGACCAUCAAUAAAGCUUCCGGUGUCGACCGGAAAACUGGAUGCAUUAAAGGGAAUUAUGGUAAGAGACGGUGCAUGUAUCACCGAAUUGGAGGUUUCAAUUAGAGAGCCACAUGUGAAUAAACAUAUCAAUAAGUUACAUUUGGUUGGACCAUUAUUGCUACAACAACUAGUGACUACCAAAGAGGAAAUUGAUGAUGCUAUUAGUAUUCUUAAUGAAUUAUCGUCAAUGAAGGAAUGUGGUUCUGAUAUUCACAAAAAUUUAAUAUCUUCUUUCAAUGAAUUAUUAAAUAAAAUUCAAACUGCGAAAACGAGUUUACAAUUACCAAUAGAUCCAAUGCUAGUAUUUCCUUUAAACAUUACAGAUUCGAAUAAUUUUGAACCUGUUUUACCUCCGUCAAUUGCAAUUGACUUUUAUAUUAGUCAAGCUGAGGUAUGUAUCGAUCUUAAGAGUCUCCAUCGUGUUACAGAAAAGCCUUGGUGUGAAAUCGACCUGUCGACAGGGAAAUCAUACAUCGAUAAAUUACGAGAUGAGAUGAAAUUACCUACAAGCUCUCAAGCGUCAAUGCACGCCUCUACAUCUAGAGAUGGUAAACAGCCGCAAACUCCCCCUUUGCAUGUAUCUGAUGUCGAAAAGCGUUUACAGGAAUUGGUGUUGGCAAAUUCGGUAUCAUCCCAACCGCAUUCAAUGAUUGGUAAUUUCAUGAGCCAUUUGCAAUUGAGGCCAAAACAUGAGCCAGUUGAUUAUAUAACGAAAUGUAUGACUUAUAAUAAUAUGGUGGUAAUGGUUAACAAAAAAAUCGAAGUAUCUUCUCCUGACCCGGUGUUAAUGAGUGCUUUUACAAAACUUGACAGUGUUGAAUAUAUGAUAGGUAGCUUUCUCGAUAAUUUGCAUAACUUGCUAGAUUAG